UAGUGUUUCAUGUAGGCUAAGGUGUAACGUUGSGAGUACUUGAUGCUGAAGACACCACCUAAAUUGUCGAAAAAUCGGACAUUUUGUAGCUUUUAAAUGUUUAUUUUUUUAGCGAAACGGGGUGAGCUUUAAGUACGCUUAUUGAUUUUAAAGCUGGAGCUGUCAGGAGGACCACUGUACGGCUGUUGUCAUCGUUGCUGCAUUAGCGACCUUCAGUUUCUAUUCAAGACUAGGCGUAAACAAAGACUCGUUUGAAGGGCUUUCGUUUUGGCAUUUUAUUUUUUUGUUAUUUUGGCACUUUCGCCUGCAGAGGAGGAGGAUGGGACCUUUGCUGCGCUGCGGUUUUCUGCUGUUUUUUCUCGGCACUUUCUCCACCGGCUUGGAUUUCCAGUCGGGCUCGGAGUCGCUCGGACGGUCUGUGUUUGUGAGGCGUUCAAAUGCCGCGAAAAUCGCCAAGAGGUCCGCGUCCUCCUCGUUGAUGGGUUCCUCGCCAGAUCACAGGAUAAAGCGAAGAAGCGCCGAUCAGCAGCAGGGGGCUUCCUGCCAACAGCACCAAGGAUUUAAGAACAAGUUGGACGCCAACACCCACGAUUAUUCAUUCAAUGACCUGAGUGGUUCAGUUUCACUGGCCUGGGUUGGAGAUGGCACCGGGGUCAUCCUGGCUUUGACAACUUUUCAGGUGCCUUUCUUUAUGCUAAGAUUUGGGCAGUCCAAACUUUACCGGAGUGAGGACUACGGGAAGUCAUUCACAGACGUGACCGCCUCCAUCAACAACACCUUCAUCAGAUCAGAGAUUGGCAUUGCGAUCGGUCCUGAGAAUUCAGGCAAAGUGAUCCUGACGUCUGAAGUCUCUGGACUUGAGGAGUCUCGUAUUUUCGUCUCUGUGGAUUUUGGAAAAAGUUUCACCUCCAGGGAUUUGCCUUUCAACUUACUGAUGCAGGUCUCAUACAACCCUGAGGACCCUAAAGUGCUGCUGGUUCUCAGCAUCAGUUAUGAACUGUGGCUUUCUCAAGAUUUCGGCAGCAACUGGAAAAAGAUCCACGACAUGGUGUGUCUGGUGAAAUGGGGAAGAAAAAAUACCAUCAUCUUUACAUCUGCCAACAAUGGGUCUUGCAGUGAUCGAGGAAUGUUAGAACUGAGGAAAACAACAGAUUAUGGUAAAACCAUCAAAACUGUUGCCAAUAAGGUCUACUCUUUUGGUCUGGGUGAACGCUUCCUCUUCGCCUCAGUCAUGACRGGAAAGGGCACCCUGAGGAACAUCCUGGUCUCUGUGGACCAGGGGGAGACCUGGAACACGGCUCAGCUGCCGCCUGUUGGUCACGAGCAGUUCUACUCCAUCCUGGCAACGAAUGAGGAUAUGGUCUUCAUGCAUGUUGACGAGCCUGGAGAUUCGGGUUUCGGCACAAUAUAUGUAUCAGAUGACCGAGGCACUGUGUACUCAAAGUCACUGGAGCGCCAUCUUUACACCACCACGGGAGGAGACACAGACUUCACUAACGUCACCUCCCUCCGAGGAGUUUUCUUCACCAGUAUCUUGGCUGAAGAUAACUCGGUGCAGUCUGUGGUGUCCUUUGACCAGGGAGGGGAAUGGGUUCCCCUGAGGAAACCUGACAACAUCAAGUGCGACGCAACAGCCAGAGAUCCUGACAAGUGCAGUCUUCACAUCCAUGCUGCUUACAGCAUUGCUAUGAAGCUGAAAGUCCCCAUGCUGCCUCUAUCGGAGCCAAAUGCUGUGGGUCUUAUCAUAGCGCACGGCAGUGUUGGGGAUGCCAUCUCUGUGAUGCAUUCUGAUGUAUAUGUGUCCAACGAUGGUGGCUACAGCUGGACUAAAGCGCUGGAUGGGCCACAUCAUUAUGCUAUCCUGGACUCGGGAGGUCUGCUGGUGGCUGUGGAGGACAGAGGGGAAGAACUGAUCAACCAGAUUAAAUUUUCCACUGAUGAAGGGCAGUGUUGGAGUGUGCACAACUUCACCUCAGACCCAAUCUUCUUCACUGGGYUGGCAUCGGAACCAGGAGCUCGCUCCAUGAACGUCAGCAUCUGGGGCUACAGAGACUCUUUGCUAAGCCAGUACUGGGUCUCCUUCACCAUCGACUUCAGGGAGCUCCUCACCAGAGUCUGUGAGGAUAAGGAUUACGUGCAGUGGUUGGCCCACUCUGACGACAUCAGUGACCCCAACGACGGCUGCAUGCUGGGUUACAAAGAGAAGUUCCUGCGCCUCAGAAAAGACUCGGUUUGCUGGAAUGGACGUGAUUAUGAGAUCAACAAGCAGCCGACUCCCUGUCCAUGCACCCUGGAUGACUUCCUGUGUGAUUUUGGAUAUUACCGGAAGGAGAACAGCUCGGUGUGUGAGGAGCAGCCGGAUCUGAAGGGCAAAGUGUUGGAGUUCUGUCUGAACGGCAAAGAGGAAAAACUGAUAACUAGUGGAUACAGAAAAAUCCCUGGAGAUAAAUGUGAGGGAGGAGAGGUGCCUGUUCGUAAAGAGAUCGACCUGAGAGAGAGGUGUGUCAGUGACCAGGUGACCCCAGAGCUUCAGGUGGGCAGUCACUCAUCCAGGUCUGUAGCCAUCGUCGUAGCAGUUGUCCUUGUCAUGCUGCUGAGCGUUACAGCAGGAGUGGUUUUUGUCAAGAAAUACGUCUGUGGUGGCAGGUUUUUGGUCCACAGGUACUCUGUGCUGCAGCAGCAUGUGGAGGCCAACGCCACAGACGACAUGGAUGAACCGCUGGAGACGGAACACACGCAGAAUGGCAAAAUAGUGUUUCAUGAUGACUCUGAUGAGGAAAUGCUCGAGUAGCAGGCAACACCUGUUACACAACUGAGCAACAGGUUUCCCGCCCGCCURGUGGAAGGUCGCUGUUCCUGUCACUCUUCUCUCCGGUCACUUCCUCCUUUUUAACGCUCGAGCAGAAAACCGCCGCUCCGAGAGCAGACUCCACCCGCCGCUCUGCUGGGAUCUGUGAAGUUUAACGAAUGUACGGACGCCUCCUGAGACUCACCGCCGCAGCUCGGGAGAAUCACGAAGGAAGGCCUGUUCUCCUUUUAGUUGGUUGAGUUUUAAUCGUUUUUAUUGGAUGAAAUAAGGAAGUGACGCAGCCCAGCGGCUGACAGAACUAGAGUAACAGGUUUUGAAAGAAAACUAGUUGUACAAAUCCUCCUUCUCCUUUUCUUUCACUUCCAUCAUCUGAGAAAUCACCUGGAAGUCCUGCUCUCUUU